AUGAGACACCUGAGGCAGAGUCUGAGAAAUCGACAUGGUGAUGAUAAUUUUGAGUGUGAUAGUGGUGCGUAUUGGGUCGUCAAAACCAAUGAUCUUGUGCACCCUUAUAGUGCGACCCCUUCCUUACCAUUAGUAGAAAAGAAGAAGGAUCCAAGAGCAGUCAUCAUUUCAUGUUCUAUUAGGCCUUUCAAUGUCAAGCAGGCUUUAUGUGACUUGGGAUCAAGAGUAAAUGUGAUGCCACUGGCUGUGUACAAAUUGUUGAGGAUGGGGGAACUCAAACCUAUGACAAUAAAAUUAUUGAUGACUAACUCAUCUAUGAAGAAAUUGAUGGGUAUUUUCUGUUACGUAAAAGUAAGGGUGGCAUCCCUUAAAUUCCCCAUUGAUUUCAUGGUUCUUGAUUGUGAGGUGAAUUCUCAAGCCCCCAUUAUAUUGGGUAGACCCUUCCUAUCCAUUAGUAGGGUAUUGAUUGAUAUGGACUUGGGGGAGAUCACCUUCAAACUGAAUGAUGAACAAGUAGUGUUUAAUAUGUGUGUGACGGUGCAACAGCCAGACGAUAUACGAGUAGUGUCUGUAAUAGACACUAUUGAUGAGGAUAUUGCUAUAGAGGCUAGUGUACCAAAUGCACCAGGUGUUGAUGAGAGAUGUGUGGCAGACCGAUUUGCAUAG